AAUUACAGCUGCGCCAUCGUAGGGACAUGGAAACCCUGAUAGACGUAGCUGACCUGAAGACGAGUUUGGACAAAGUUUCUUAUGAUGCUGUACACUUACAAAAGGCUAUUAUAAAUAGGACAAGUGAAAAGGUCAGUAAACUUUUGAAUCAAGAAGAAAUAAGACUUUGACAGAGAAGGGAGAAGCUUCGAUGUCUUCUUGGUGAAGAAGAAAAACAAUUAACUUCUGAACUUUUAAGAAGAAAAGAAUUAGAAGAGUGUAAAUACUGUAUUGCUCGAAAGACUCAACUAGAGCAAUAUGAAGAAGAAUUGGAACAUGAGAAAAUUAUGGACUGUCAAAAAGCGAUGGAAAGAGAAAAAAUGGCAAAAGGCAUGCAAUGCAGAAGAGAAGAUGAAAUACAGUUGCGAAAAAUGCAUAAGAUACAAAUGCAAGAGAAGGAAUAUAUAGCAUCAGUAAAUUCAGAAAUCGAUGAAAUGUGGCAUCGAGUAUUAUUGGAUGAUGUUAAAAAAAAGGAGGAGAGAGAAAGAUUGAAAGCUGAACAUCUUAAGCGUGGAAUGCAAGAACGAAGGCAAGCCUAUGAUGAACAAAUUGCCAGCGCCAAUAGAAAGGCGAAAUAUGCGCUUAAAAUGGAGAGAGAAGAAGACAAUAGAAUAACCGAGAAAAUAAAGAAGAGAAUGGAAGAAGAAUAUUUUGAUACAAUCAAGAAGAAAAAAGAACAACAAAGUAAAAACAGAAUGAACUACAUAGAGGGACAUGAACAGAAGAUGUCAGAGCUCAGGAAUAGAAAAUUACAAGAGAGAUCAAUCGAUCAACAUACAAUUGAAGUCGCUUUAAAAGAGCUGCGAAUGGAGAGGCACAAGAAAUUGGCUGAAAUCAAAUCAUUUCAAAGAGAACAGCAAUUAUGUAUCGAAAAUAUGGAGAAGGAAAGAAAAUGUAUUAAAAAUUUAGAAAUCGAAUGUAAUAGGAUUGUAGCUGAAUGGAGAGCAGAGAGCGAAAGGGAACAUGAUACAAAAAUACAAAUGUUCGAAAAGGAGAAACGAAGUAACAAAGAGAAAUAUGCCAGUGAGUACAGAAAAUACUUAAAAGAAAAGGAAACUGAAAUCGAAAAUACAAGAAAAGAAAGAAGAAAGAUUAAAGAAGACGUAAACAACGCUGCUCUGAGAGAGGUUGAGUUAAAGUUGAUGAGGGCUAAAGAAGAAUUAAGGGAACAAGAGGAGUAUAAGAGAAGCUUAGAAAAUCAAAUACAAAAUAAUCAGAGAGCAAUGGAGAUCGAAUCAUUAAAUAUGGAGAUGAAGCAAAAUCCUUUCACACGACCAGCGAUUAUGUUUAAAGAUGCGAUGAAAGACAAAAUGAAUAAGGCAAGAACAAGUACAAAUCCGGUACAUCCGUUCAGAAGAUUAUAUUUACAAGCAAAUGAGAGCCGCUCUUCAUUUUCUCUACCUGUUAUAUUUAAAUAAAAUGUUAUUUAAACA